CUGAGUUGCAGAGACAAAGAGAGAGACAGAAAGAAACCUGAUUCCUCUGUUUCGCUUUCCAACGCCAUUUUCCACACAAAUCCAAACGAGAGAGAGAGCAAAAGGCUUUCUCUUCUCAUUUUGAAUUUUCAAUCCUUUGUUCCAAUAACAUAUCACCCAUUUCUUCUUUUUCUUGUUCUUCAAAUCACAACGCUCCUUCUCUUCUUCUUCGUCUUCUUCUUCUUCUGCUUGUUCACAUUAUACUAUUCUUUAAUCCUCCAUUCAAUUAUAACCGUUGGGGGGCCCCAUUUAUCUAUUAUUUAUAUCUCUCUCAUAUACCCAUCUCUGAAUUUUUCCUUUCCCACUCUCCACUUUCUCUGCUGGCGGUUGUGGUGUUCAUCUUUUUCAGCUUCACGUUUUUUCAAUACCACAUUGGAUUCAUACCUUCCCCUUUCAUUCUGUUUUCUUAAUUCAAUAACAAUCCCACAACCCCACAAUAUACUUUUCUCUCUUUGUUUGAUUUGUUCAUUGUUCGUCCUUUUUUGGGGCUGUUCUUGUUCUUGUUCUUCCUUUUGCCCUGUUUCACUCUAACCCUUCUCUUUUGUCAGUUUUUCCUUAUUUGGGUUUGUUUCUGUUCACUCCAAUCGUUCUGUUUCCAUUGAAGAUCCGGAAAGGAUUGAAAUUCUCAUCACUUUUCUUCUAUCGCGUACUUAACUUUAUUCGUAGUGUUAAUUCUUAGCUUUUGCUCUUUUCUGUUCUUCAUCGCUUUAUUGGAUUCUUUUCUCUCUCUCUAUCACGAUCUCUAUAGUCGUGGGGGGGAAAUAUCGCUGGAUCUUCGGUUUUUUCAGGCCGCCAUCAGUACCAAAUUAGGGGAAGAGGGGAAACGCUGAGUCUUUCUUCUUUUUUUCUCUUUCCUUUUCUAUAAUCAAUCUAUUGAGACCACUUUCAUUUGCUCUUCUUUUGAAGUUCAUCUGGGUAUAAUUGCUUUUGUUAUUGGAUUCCUUUUUUCCCUUUUGUUGGUUGUGAAAGAGGUGGGAGAAUGGGAAGAUUAGGGUUCCUGAAGUGGGUUUUAUUGGUUGGGGUUUUGGGUUGCUAUGUUGAAGGUCUUGGAGUUAAUUGGGGAACCAUGGCCAAUCAUAGAUUACCCCCUAAGACUAUUGUGCAGAUGUUUAAGGAUAAUGGGAUUAAGAAAGUGAAGCUGUUUGAUGCAGAUCAGUCUUCCAUGGGUGCUCUGGCUGGGACUGGUAUUGAGGUCAUGGUUGCCAUUCCUAAUGAUCAACUUUCCGCCAUGGGAGACUACAAUCGAGCUAAGCAAUGGGUGCAGAGGAAUGUCUCCCGUUACACCUUUGAUGGAGGAGUUACCAUCAAAUAUGUUGCUGUUGGCAAUGAACCAUUUCUGUCAUCCUAUAAUGGAUCAUUCUUGAAUGUUACCUUUCCAGCCCUUCAAAACAUUCAAAACGCACUCAAUGAAGCAGGUCAUGGAGACUCCAUUAAGGCAACGGUGCCCUUAAAUGCUGAUGUUUACAACUCUCCGGUUAAUAGCCCGUAUCCAUCUGCUGGUAGGUUCCGUAGUGAUAUUAAUGGACUCAUGACUGACAUUGUCCAGUUUCUAAGCAAGAACAAUGCACCUUUUACUGUAAACAUUUACCCUUUCCUUAGUCUUUAUGGCAAUGACAACUUCCCUUUCGACUAUGCUUUCUUCGAUGGUGCAAGUAAUCCUGUUGUUGACGUUGGCACUGGGAUCCAGUACACCAAUGUUUUCGAUGCCAACUUCGAUACCUUAGUUUCGUCUCUGAAAGCUGUUGAACUCGGGGACAUGCCCAUUCUAGUUGGCGAGGUUGGAUGGCCAACUGAUGGUGACAAGAAUGCCAAUGCCGGAAAUGCAUACAGAUUUUACAAUGGCCUUCUACCAAGGCUUGCAGCCAACAAGGGCACCCCACUGAGGCCUGGAUUCAUUGAAGUAUACUUAUUCAGUUUUCUUGAUGAAAAUGGCAAGAGCAUUGCUCCAGGAAAUUUCGAGCGGCAUUGGGGUAUUUUUGGGUAUGAUGGUCAGCCAAAGUUUGCCAUGGAUCUUUCUGGUCAGGGCCAAAACAAACUACUUGUGGGAGCACAAAAUGUUCAGUAUCUUCCCAAAAAGUGGUGUAUGUUCAAUCCAAAUGCAAAGGAUCUAAGCAAACUUGCAGAUAACAUAGAUUAUGCAUGCACCUUUUCUGAUUGCACUUCCCUUGGAUACGGAUCUUCUUGCAAUAAUUUGGAUGCUAAUGGGAAUGCGUCUUAUGCAUUCAAUAUGUAUUUCCAGGUGCAGAAUCAAGAUGAAUUGGCCUGUAAUUUUCAAGGUUUAGCCACAAUGACCUCACAGAAUCUUUCGCAAGGUACUUGCAAUUUCAUCAUCCAGCUAGCUUCCUCGCCCUCGUCCCAGGCUGCUUCAUUUGUUAGUUUAGCAUCUAUGGCCUUGUUAUUCACAGCACUGCUGCUAUAAUUUGCUUCUGUAGAUACCUUAUGAUGAUGACCCAUUUUGUUACUUUUUUACUUCAAUUUUUUUUCUAAUGUAUUCGUAGGUAUACAUUAAAGUUAUCGAUUAAUUGAUUGAUUCUAUUCAAUCACUAUUGUGGUUCUGAUCA